UUGGAAGAAGAUUUUGCCACAAUUAUGUGCCCUUUGAAAACGGGUUGGUCAUUUUUCUAUCUCAGUUGAGUAUCAAAGGUGGUGCAGAACUCUUGUUCGAUGGUGUCAAAAAGCAUCAGGUGACUUUGCCCUGUCAACCAGAGCCUUGGGAUAUCAGAAACCUGCUAAAGUGGAUCAAACAGAAUCUGUUGAAAGAACGACCAGAAUUAUUUAUGCAAGGGGAAUCUGUGAGGCCAGGGAUUUUGGUGCUCAUCAACGAUGCAGACUGGGAACUAAUGGGUGAGCUGGAUUAUAAACUCCAGGACCAGGAUAAUGUGCUUUUCAUCUCGACAUUGCAUGGCGGGUGAACUCCUGGAAAAACAAGAGGAUGUAAAUCCAAAUCCCUGGGCAAAAAACACCCAAACAAAAACCUAAACCCACCCAAACCUCUCUUGAACUGCCUGUGCCCAGUCUCUGCAUCUUCCCACCGCGUUCAUUUGUUACUAGACACCCAAAUAAAGCCCCGCCAGCAUGCGGCCUACUGUUCACCACAACAGCAUCCAUCUUUUGGUCCUCAUUUCACCUCUCCUGACUGCACUUCCAGGUACCCUAACGAGCAGAGAGCACACACCUGCAGCGUGUGCGACUUUGUCCUUGCGUGACGGGAGGAAGAGGGGUGCUGAACC